UGUGACCAUGAAAGUCCCCAUGUCACUAGUAUAAAUCCUCUGACAGAGCACGUACUGCUUCUCUCCCAGCGUUUCUCACGGAGGCCUUCUGUUCGGUUCGGUCUGGCUGUUACGUGAGCCAUGGCAGACCAGGCUUUUGUCACCCUUGCUACAACUGACAAUUAUGCCAAAGGAGCAAUGGUACUUGGUAAAUCCUUGAGGAACCACAACACAUCGAGGAAACUAGUGGCUCUGAUUGGUCCCCACGUCUCAGAACCCUCCAGAGCAGUGCUUCGUAAAGUCUAUGAUGAGGUCAGGCUGGUGGACGUGCUGGACAGUGGGGAUGCUGCACAUUUGGCCAUGAUGAAGAGACCUGACCUGGGCGUCACCUUCACCAAACUCCACUGCUGGACUCUUACAGAAUACUCCAAAUGCGUGUUUAUGGACGCAGAUACUCUAGUUUUGUCUAAUAUAGAUGAGUUAUUUGAGAGGGAAGAGCUCUCUGCCGCACCAGAUCCCGGCUGGCCUGAUUGCUUCAACUCUGGUGUGUUCGUCUUCCGUCCCUCCAACGAGACCUAUGGGAAACUUCUCACCGCCUGCUCAGAGAAUGGCAGCUUUGAUGGUGGGGAUCAGGGUGUUCUCAACAGCUUUUUUAGCAAUUGGGCAACGGCAGACAUUUCGAAACACCUUCCAUUCAUCUACAACCUCAGCAGCAUCGCCAUCUACACCUAUCUCCCAGCAUUCAAGCAAUACGGCCAUGAUGCCAAGGUUGUUCAUUUCCUUGGCAAACUCAAACCGUGGGAUUACAGUUAUGACACCACAAGCAAAACGUUAAAGGGACAGUCCCAGGAUUCAUCUGACAUGCACCCCAACUUCAUGCUGCAAUGGUGGGAGCUUUUCUUUUCUUCAGUAUUGCCCCUGAUGAAGGAGGAAUAUGGUGACCAGCCCUUCCAUUCCGGAUGCACAGAGAGUGAUAUUCACGCUGAUGUGGCUCAGAUGCACAUAUCCCAUCAUCCCCCUCCACCUCAGUUGUCGUCUCAGGAGCGCAAACAAAAGUGGGAACAGGGCCAAGCUGACUACAUGGGAAUGGACUCUUUUGAGAACAUAGAGAAAAAGCUAGAUUCCUUCCUGAAGUGAGAGACUCGUAGGACCGGAUCCUCAGAUGUAGUUUUGUACUAGGGUACGUACAGGCUAUGAAAUAACAUUAAAAAAAAAAACGAAAAA